GGGAGAGCUUUACGGGGAUAAGUUCUCCUCUGAAGUUUGAAGUUUACUCAAAGAGAGGGAACACUUAUUACUAAGCUUUCUCGUAUGCUCAUCCCUUCAGGGGAGCCACCUUUUUGAAGUUUUUUUUUUUUUUUCCCCUUUGGAAUGCUUUUCCCCAGAUUGGUCUCCCCCCAUCAGGCAGUGUUCAUCCGUUUUGCCCUUCCCCACUGGGAGAGAAACAAAUCGGCAAAAUGACCACCGCGUGGACAGAUGUGUAAAGCAAAAUUAACCAAACGGGGUACAACAAGUGUGCAGCGUAGGUACAUAACGCGGUUAUUUUUGCAACCCCUGCUGUUCACCGCAUGUGUGUGCGAUUGGGAUGUUUGACAGAGGGGCGAUGGAGGAAGAAAAAAAAAUUAAAAAACUUUGGAAAGCCUCGGAAAACUUUUCAAACGGAAGAAAUGACGCUACCGUCCCAUCACUAACCUUUUAAGUCCCCAUUUGUUUAUCUCCACCCAGCGGUUGUUCCCCCGUCAAAAAACGCAGUGCUGUCUUCAAAAUGAUACUACUGCAGAAGAGGGCGAUUUUCCACACCGUUUUAGCUGCCCGGGGAGGGACACCAUACGCCGACUGUGCAGGCAAACGUAAACUCACUUUGCGUGAACCGUUCAAAAGACAUUUCGGAGUGUCUGGAAGUUACGGCUACAGCAUUUUUUCGAAAGAAGGAAAUUGCGAUUCCAAUGUAGGAAAGAAUAACAUCCAUCAGUAUGAAGAAAAACAUAUGGGGAACAAUUUCUUAAAAAAAAAAAAUUUUUAUUUUACAAAAUGGCCUGGGAGGGUAUCCAAAUUGGGAGCUUCAUACUUUUUUGGCAAAAAUUACAACAUGGGGUUUUACCACCUGCUGAUAGAGCAAGAGGGGAAAAUAAAAAAAGACAUCGCCCUCAUAUCUAGCUGUAACGCCAAAAGUGUGCAACAUAAAAAAAUUGAAAACCAAAUGAAAGACCUUUCCUGUGGUUACUCGGUCCAAAUUGUCCUCUCAGGGAAGGGGGUCAAGUGCUACUAUGAAGACGUCAGUUACACUCCUUUUAGGCCCACGUACAGGGGAAACACGAAGCAGUAUUACAGCUUUAAGAAUUCCCCCUUGACGGAAGUCCAAACGGUGCCGAAUGACGGUGCGCAGGGAGGGGUAAACGAAAAAGAAAAUAGCCACGUUAGCCACGUUGGCAGCAUUAGCAGCGUUAGCAGCGUUAGCGGCAGCCCUGGAGGGAAGGAGAAGGACAAGUGGUACAAGACGAAGACGGUGAAAAAGCUGUUUGUCCGGCUAGGCAUUGGAACAAAAAACAUCGACGUCACCAGGGUGUUAACCAUGCACAAGAGGCACGUCAGCAUCGACGUUGACAGGACGGGCACCAUCAUUAAUGUGCACGGCUUUAACAAGAAGUACGUGGGCUCCGUCUCCCACCGCCUCUACCGAAUCGUCCGGAUGAACGUUUACACCAUGAAGGGCGGCUACGUGUACCUGCACAAGCCCAAGCAGAAGGUCUCCAAGAAGAAGUAG